CCGCCAGUCCCCCGGCGGCGGGCGCGGCAGUGUGGAGCUGCGCGGCCAUGAGCAGUAAGCUGGGCCGGUGGCUGAAGGGGGGCGGCCCCGGCGGGGCGCGGAGUCGGCGUGGCCCCACGCCGCAGGAGGCCCUGGCGCGUCUGCGGGAGACCGAGGAGAUGCUGACCAAGAAGCAGGAGUACCUGGAGAGCCGCAUCGCGCGCGAGCUGGCCGCCGCCCGCCAGCACGGCACCCGCAACAAGCGCGCUGCUUUACAAGCACUGAAGAGAAAAAAGAGGUAUGAAAAGCAGUUGACCCAAAUUGACGGGACACUUUCAACCAUUGAGUUUCAGCGAGAAGCAUUGGAAAAUUCCUAUACCAAUACAGAAGUAUUAAAGAAUAUGGGCUAUGCUGCCCAAGCAAUGAAAAAAGCUCAUGAAAAUAUGGACCUAGAGAAAAUUGAUAACUUGAUGCAAGACAUCACUGAACAGCAAGAUGUGGCACAGGAAAUCUCAGAAGCUAUUUCAAGCAGAGCUGGAUUUGCUGAUGAGUUUGAUGAGGAUGAGUUGAUGGCAGAGUUGGAAGAGCUGGAGCAAGAAGACCUUAAUGAUAAAAUGUCUAAUGUCAGAUUGCCAAGUGUCCCAUCUACCUUGCUGCCUUCUCGCCCUGCAUCCUCCAGGAAAAGAGUGGAAGAUGAUGAUGGUAUGAAGCAGCUGGCAGCUUGGGCUUCUUAAUAGCCCCAACUUUUAUAAUGCAGAACACUACAAUACAGGUGUAUAAAAAAAAAAAAAAAAAAAAAAAAUGAAACUAUUUCAUAUACUUAACAAUGCAGCAUGAUUGCAUUUCAUGCAGAUCCAAGUCAAUUACUCUUUUGUUUUUUUAUUUGUAUAGCCAAUUUUUGCUCUGAAGUAAUAAUAUACUUUCUAUAUUUAAAAAAAAAUUAUAAUCAGGCCCUGGCCAGCCUUGUGUCACUUUUACAGUGAAGAAACCAUAAGGAAUAAAAAUAGCUUUUACUGGAUAGUGCAUAGCUGCAUAGUAUUGAUUUGUAAAACAUGAAGGCCCCAUAGCAGACAUGACUGAAAUCCCUGCUAUAAUGAACCACUGAAACUAAUUAGUCUGCAAGACCUAGCCUACUGGUCAGCUUGGUUGCAAGUAUUUGAAAGUCAGUAGAACAGUCAAGUUUAGGUUUCACUCCUAUUACCUGCUUUGAGCACAUUGACUGCUGACAGCUAAAAGCUUCUGCACUCCCUCUGGAUCCACUGCUUGUCAAGAGUUUUAAGCUAGUGUAGUUUAAGGAGCUGCUGCUGUUUAUAGCCACAAGGGUGCUGCUAAAGCAGCCAGGCCACCUGGACUCAAUGCAGUUCUGUUAGCAGAGGAAGCUUUUCUGUCACCAGAGUUGCACAUCCUAAAAUAGCAGAAGCAGAGCUGGCAGAAACUGCCUUCCAUUGGCAGAGCUGUGUUGGAGUUGAGAUGUGAUCUUUACACAUCGUUAGCCAACAUAGCUGUACUGCCAGAACUUUGUAUUAUGUUUCAGGCCUUUAUCCAAGUCCCUACCAAUUUUAAACUGAUCCAGCUAAUUCUGUGGAAGAUCAAGAAUAAAUGGUAACUUGACUCCCAGUUAUAAAAUCCUCCACCCCAUUUUAGCUUUUAAAGAUGUGCCUUGAUUUCUUUGGGCAAUACAGUUUUUCAGGGAAAAUUGCAAUGUAUUUUUAAUGCUGCAAGUGCCAGAGAACUUUAGCUUCUAAGCAUUCCAUUGGUGUAGGGAGACCUGAAGGGAAAUAUUAUUUAAAAGUGUUAACAUUUGAAAUUUUAAGCUAGAAUGUUGUUGUUAGAAUUCAAAUGUUUUGUCUAUGGUAUUAAUGAACAGGAUGUCACAGCUGAUUUUAUUUUUAAGCUAGAAGAACUUACUACACUACGGGCAUAGCUACUGUGCAAUAAACAAAUUUGCUGCACAGUAAAUGUCACACAUCUACACAUGUGCCCCUAUUUGGUUGGAGUAAAUUAACUCUGAAGCAGAAUAGUACUUGUAAAUACAAGUACUAACCUGUUGAAGAGUUUUUUACUGCAUGGCAGCACGCAUGUAGAUGCUGCCCCAGCUUACUGGGGCAUGACGGUACUUCAUUGCGGGGGGCUGCCUGCCAGAUAGGUCUGCACUGAAGCACCCUCAUGCCCCAGCCAGCCCCUCCAAAACACAUUAAGCCAGGGGAAGCAGUCCUGGGCUGGCAGGCUGAUUUCCCCAGGACUGCCCUGCCGGCUGGCGCUGCUCUGACCCGGCUCAAUGUACUGCAGUCCUGGGCACAUGUUCAAACGGCACGCCUGGGAGCAACUAGCUCCACAUGCAAUUAAUGUACAUGAAUAAACUCUGUAUACAAGCCCCUACCUUCUAAGCUACUGCACUAAGAAGAAAUUCAUGCUUAGGACACAGAGCAAAAAUAGCAUGCCACUUUGUCAAAAUACAUUUUGAUUCUAAAUUAGACCUGAUGUUGGUAUUAGUACUUGUUGUCAACCUUAGUGAAACAGUAAACAAAUAGUUGUAUUGUGGGACAUUCUAGGGUGUUAGAAAUCAGAAUAAUAUCAAUCUAGGUUUCUAGUUGUAAUUCAAAUCAAUUGAUGGUUGAACCAAUUGGGGAACACUGGAAGUGUCAGGUUAUCCUUGCCUCAUUGCAGCAACAGAAAAAUUGAUCACUUGAUUCUAUAGACAUGAUCCUGUAAUAUGCAGAGCACUUGGGUCCAAAUCCAUUAAAAGACUUCAGUGAGCCUCCUUGGACAGGAUACAAAACCUUGUGAGACUAAGCUCCUAUUAAUGGAAUGAAUUCUGAAAUUACAAAUACUGAGGAGGUGAUUUCUUCCUUGCAGUCGGGUCCUAAUAUGAGUCCAUUCUUUUAACCGGACUUGCUUCUAAUUUAUACCAGUGUUAAUGGAGAAUUGUAUCCUGCCUAUUAGACUAGUUACGCUGGUAUGGCAAAGUGGGUAAGCAAUGCAACUCUGUUCCAGUGGGGAGCACCAGGAAGACCUUCCUUUUCUGGAAUGAAUCAAGAAGAAGAAAGACACAUUCUUUAGGUCUUUAUUUUAAAAGCUGGAUUUUAAAACCUGCUUUUACAUUUAACAUAUAAUUCUGACUGUCAGGAAGAAAUUACUAUGUUAAUGUAGUUAUAUAUAAUAUAACUGAAUAACAUGUUUUGAGACAAGAUAGAGACUUGGAGGCUUAAUAAGUAAAAGGCUGAAUUGUUCGGUACAUAAUACAUUAAGUUUUGGUUGAAAUAAGAAUCUGUAACUAUGUGAUUUGCAUAAUUGUACAAGUAGACUGUCUGAUCCAUUUCUGUUUAUGCAUUUUGCAUUUGUAAAUGUAAGGCAAGCAAUGUCAAUAGAGUCGCAUGCUUAACUUGGAAAGGCUGGCCUUUAACAUCAGUUCUUUAUCAAAUUAGUUUUCCAUCACUUAGCACUUAUUGUUUUCAGAGCAUUUUAGGUAGCACUUAGCAUAGUCAACUAAAUACAACAUAUACUUUAUUGUACUUUUUUAGAAUUGAAGACCUGGGCUAUUAAUUUCCUUUGGAGAUAGUUAUCCAUGUGAGUCUGAAUUCAGGUAGAAGGUAGGAAAGGGUAGCCCCUUAGGAAAUUUUAGGUGCUGUCCUGUCUUGUGUUUGGCAAUUAAAACAAAACAAAGUUUUUAUCUGCAAAGCUUUCUUUGCUUGCUAUACACCCGCUUCUAUGGAACUGAAAUUCAUUAGAACAUGUUAAGUAAUUGGCAUCUAAUAUUAUCUUUAUCACUUUAGGCAGUCACUGUCACUGUGAUGCCAUGAAAAAAGCACCCCCUGAACUGUGGUUCCUAGGAAUCCCUAACUUCUUUCAAAGGCAAAACCAGUUGAUCAAAGACAGCCAUGUUUUAUUAAAUUAGCAAAAGGCAAUAUGCUGGGCUUUUAAGCCAUUUAUAGACAUUACAUUUUUCUAGGUUUAAUCUAGACUACAGCAGUCACUAUAUACACAUGGAUGUCUGUAGUCCAAAUUAAAAUUGGCUCCAGUCUGAAUUAACUGAUCCUCAUUGAAUGAAGGUUAAAGUUUAAUGCAGACUAGGGCAUGUAUUAAACUGUAUUAAUGAAUACGCAUCUGUGGCAUUGCUUUUAGGAAAAACAGUCCUUAGGAACUCAGAUAAGCACUGCAAAUAUCAAUCUGGGCAAGGGAAGCUCAAUUGGGCUUUUGCAACACAACAGAGGCUAUUGGGCACAAAGUAACAUCUUUACAAAUUUGAAUGUGCCAACAACACCUCGCUCUAAGUAUCUAGUCAAUUACAGGUUCUGGAGCAGCACUUUAGAUAACUGCAACAAUGUAGCAGUGAUUUAAGGCUUAUUAUCAUCUCCUAAUUACUUCCAACCUCUGUUAAGGGGCUGUCAAGUGUAUGGACUGUGUACUGUAUAGCCAGUGCCUCCUGCUAUGAAGGUCAAUAAUAAUCUAUUAAUCCUUGAUUUGACUUGAAAUUUGAUUCAGCGUGGUGCACAUCAACACGGUUUACAAAAUGUUAAACAUGUCUACAAACAGCCUUAAAUACCACAAAUUCUAGCUGUCCUGUCCAGUGUCCCUGGAGGCUACCACAAAUACUCUGUGAAAAAGGAUACGUCUAAACGUAUGUCUAAAAUUUUCCAAUUCUAGGCUAAAGAUGACUUCAGGUCACUGGAAAAUACAGAUCUGUCAUCUUUGUGCAGAACAUUUUCCUAUGGACUGGUCAGAGGACAAUAAAACUUCAAGGACAGUCUUUUUCUGUAGAGUGAGCUACCACAUCAAACCACCAAACUCCAAAUAGGUUCUGGUCUAUCUCCCAGUCCUGUAAAGAAUCAAACAGCUGUAGGUUUUUGAAAUCAACAGGAACUGAUGUGUUCCUGUUGCCCAGGAGGUACUGAGCAGCUUGUAGGAUCAGGCCAUUAACAAUUAACCUCCUGAAAAAUAACUGGAGGCAUAAUCAUACAUGUUUGAGUAGAACAUCCAAGGAUGCUGAGAGUUGGCUUUAUUCAGAAGCAAAGAUGCAUCUGUUAUUAUGAACAUUAGAUGGGUACAAAACACUUCUGUUCACAACUGUUGGAAUGUAGUAUAGGCACUCCUCACUUAACGACCGAGUUCCGUUCCUGCGACUAGGUCGUUAAGCAAAUUGGUCGAUAAGCGAGGAGCCGCCCCUUGAUAUUACAUGCCUUGGCUUGAGACGCCGCGUUGCCGUUUCCACGAUAUGUUUCGUACAAUACCGACUGCUCGGAGAGCUGGUCGUAAGUCCGCACGGUCGUUAAACAGGUAGGUCGUUAAGUGAGGAGUACCUGUACUGACUGGCCAGAAUUGCAGUAAACCUUUUUGAUGCUUUUGUUUUAAUGAGAUGUGCAUCCACAGAUCUCCAGAUUAAACUGAUUUCACAGUUUAAUGACAUUUAUGACCCUAAUGACAUCUAUGGCGCUACAGCCAUUGAUAUAUUUGAAGAGCUACCCCUUUUAUUGGUAAAUUGACAACUGAAACUGUGAUGGCUGCUUUCUUUUGAACAUAUCUCUUUCCUGUGCCAAGCCGGUAUUUGUUCAGCACAAAAACAGAAGGGUUUGAUAGUGUCAACCCACUACUCUAAGUGCAUUAGAAUGGGCACAGCUUACAAACAGGAUUUUAGAAGCAGAUGGAGUGCUAUAGUUGAUUUAUUCUGAAACUUCCUUUUUGAACUGUGUUUAUUUUGGGAACUGUUUUAAUGGUGUUUAAAAGCUUAAUCUUGGUAUUUUCUAAAAGAGAAUUGAUCUUUGAGGGUGAGUGUAAAAGCUAAUUUAUAUUUGUGUAAAUAAAUAUUUGGUGUCCUAA